UUGAGUCAAACUAGUGAAGAGCUGAGUUUUGAGAUCUGCCACUACUGCCUGCUACCAGGAGUUUGCAUUAAACUGCAGGACAACCAGACUCAAGAACGAGGGAAAACCUAACACUUUUUGUCCUUUUUCCUUUUAAACACAACAAAAAAAGGAUUAAAAUUCAUAUUUUUGAACCACUUCCCCCAAUUCCUCUUCUGAAGUACACCAGGACUUUAAAAGCAUGGCAGAGCAGAAGAGGCAGGUGUCUCUGACCCAGGCUGUGACCCUAGCGCUGGUUCUGCUCACCUCAGCCGCUUCGACAGAGGAGUAUGACUACUACAGCUGGCAAUCUGACAAUUUCCACAAUGGCCGCUUCUAUGCCAAGCAGCCACAGUGUGUGGAUAUUCCAGCCGACCUGCGGCUCUGCUACAAUGUGGGCUACAAAAAGAUGCGCCUGCCAAACCUACUGGACCACGAGACCAUGCCUGAGGUCAAGCAGCAGGCGGGCAGCUGGGUGCCCCUCCUGGCAAAGCGAUGCCAUGCUGACACGCAGGUGUUCCUCUGUUCCCUUUUCGCUCCAGUGUGCCUGGACCGGGCAAUCUACCCCUGCCGGUCUCUGUGCGAGGCAGUGCGGGACAGCUGUGCUCCGGUCAUGGAGACCUAUGGCUUUCCCUGGCCGGAGAUGCUGCAGUGCGAGAAGUUUCCCAUCGACAACGAUCUGUGCAUUCCUAUGCAGUUCUCUGCAGGUCACGCCACUCAGACUCCAGUUUCAAAAGUGUGUCCACCCUGUGACAAUGAGUUGAAAGCCGACACCAUAAUGGAGCACUACUGCGCCAGUGAUUUUGCACUCAAGAUGAAGAUUAAAGAGGUGAAAAAGGAAAAAGGCGACCGCAAGCUCAUUGCAGCACAAAAGAAGAAGAAGGUUCUGAAGAUGGGAAUACUGAGGAAGAAAGACUUGAAGAAGCUCACGCUAUACAUCAAGAAUGGAGCAAACUGUCCCUGCUCGCAACUGGACAAUCUCGGGAGCAACUUCCUCAUCAUGGGCCGCAAAGUGGAUCAACAGCUACUGCUCAUGUCCAUCCACAAGUGGGACAAAAAGAGCAAGGAACUCAAGUUUGCCAUUAAAUACAUGAAGUCUCAUCAGUGUCCCACCUAUCACGCAGUCUUCCAAUGACCAAUGACUCUUCUGUCUAUAGCGGGCCCUGCGUCUUUCAAUAACUCUUUCAGAGACCGUAUCCAUGCCUAAUUCCGACAGUUAGUACAGAUGUAUUUCAUUACUCAAGAAAUGGCUUUUGGAAACUGCUUAGGACUUAAUUCAUCAUCAAGUACAGCUACAGUUUGUUGGCAACUGUCUCUACAUAAAAUGUAUUGUUUAGGAAGCAAUCAGCACACUUAUGAUGCUCAUGCAUAUUUUAGUGAAACUUUCCUUGUUCCCUCAUUCAGAGCACAAGAGACUUUUCGGAAAGACACUGACAACCCUUUAAAUCAAUGUGAGAAAAAGAAAAUUGUGAACAAGAGCUUUAAAGAGUGCACUCGCUUAAUGAGCACAUUUGAUUUAAAUGGCCAGAUUCCACUUAAACGAAAAAGAACAAAAUAGUGCCAACUGUUUUAUUUUUAUUUUUUUAUCUUUUAUUUUGUAGAUAAGGAAUAAAAAGGUUUUAUUAUAUACUACGAAGAUACAAUCGUGAUCAUUAGCGCCAAGAUGGGACACGACUCCAGCUGUGGCUUGAAUCGUGGGAGGUAAGAAAGCUGAUGGAUUGUAAAGUGUUGGUCAGGACGGCAGCCCAAAUACUUCAACAGCAGCCGUGUGAGCAAGUCCGGACCGUUUCGCUGCUCAACAUAUCAGCCAAGCUUAUGACAGACUCUGGACUCAUUCAAGCUAUUUGGUUAGUGAGGUGUUUGGUCCUUCUCAUGUUUUCUAUACAACAUUAUUUUUUAUUAAAAUUAUUAUAUAUUGCUACAAAUAUACAUACAUGCUAUGGAAAAAGCCUUCCAACAUUACAUCUGAGUUCACUGUAAUAAAAGUUAAAAUCUAACUCUGCUAGUUCUGUUUAAUCAGAGAUCAGGAACCUUUUUAACAAUAUUACAAUUCAAUUCAAUUCAAUACACUUUAUUGUCCCCAAUGGGGAAAUUUGUCUUGGACCCUGGAGCCCGCAUACACAUACAUACACUUACAUUGCAUAAUAAAACCUUACUUUAUGUUG